AUGAGUGACUUGUCUACUGUUUCCAGUAAGGACUCUCCCGAACUUCCAGCGGAGUUGGAUCAGUCGCUCAUGUCAGCAGCAGAGGCGGAGGAUGUGAGCUCGCAUCCUCUUCAUCAGCAGAGCUUCAAAACGGAUCUCAGCGAGCCCGACAGGGUGUCGGCGGAGACGAAAGACCCGGUUCUGUGUCCGGCGGAGCCCGGCGCCGUUGAGCGCCUGAUGCUCGGCUCCGAGGUUCGAGUCACGCUGGAUCACAUCAUCGACGAUGCGCUCGUGGUGUCGUUUCGCUUGGGCGAGAAGAUCUUCUCUGGGGUACUCAUGGACCUUUCGAAAAGCUACGAACCCGAGCCAGGAGAGCAUGUGGUCGACCUAGAGGCCCACUCCGUCCCGGAAAUGGAGCUUUGUCAUCGACCCGAGGAUAUGGAUGCAGUUCAGGAAUGCAGCCAGGUCCAAAUGGAAAUCAGAAGGCCGGACCUUCAAGCCGCGGGAAAAGCCCUCGCUGCCCAUGCGGACGGAGAGCACACCGACACGGGUGGGUCCUGGAGCCGUCUGAGCACAGCCGAGCAGCCCGUGCUUGUGAACUACAGGUGCACAGAUUACAAGGAAUCCUUCUCGCCGAAGGUGGAGGCUGCAAACGAGGUCAGUGCUCUCGAAUCCAGCCCCUGUCUUCUGCUCCCCAGCUCCAUCUCAGACUCCCAGCCCUCUGUGGUCUUCUUGCAUUCCCUUCCCGCUCAGGUUCCGUCGGAGCCUGAAACUGGACUGUCUCUGGCUGUCGAAUAUGACUCCAAUCCCCUGUUAAGCCGUCCUACCGAUCUGGAGUGUGAACUCAUAGGCUUUACGCAGCCAGAUCCCGAACCCGCAUCCGAUGCUCCCGGGUCGGAACUCAAAACUCACGAGGAUGCUUUCCAUGACAUCCCGCACCCCUCAGAUCACCUGGACUCCCUGUCCGCUGCGGAGGAGACCUCGCUGGGAGAAUCGGUGGGUCAGAGCUGCAUGAGUGACUUGUCUACUGUUUCCAGUAAGGACUCUCCCGAACUUCCAGCGGAGUUGGAUCAGUCGCUCAUGUCAGCAGCAGAGGCGGAGGAUGUGAGCUCGCAUCCUCUUCAUCAGCAGAGCUUCAAAACGGAUCUCAGCGAGCCCGACAGGGUGUCGGCGGAGACGAAAGACCCGGUUCUGUGUCCGGCGGAGCCCGGCGCCGUUGAGCGCCUGAUGCUCGGCUCCGAGGUUCGAGUCACGCUGGAUCACAUCAUCGACGAUGCGCUCGUGGUGUCGUUUCGCUUGGGCGAGAAGAUCUUCUCUGGGGUACUCAUGGACCUUUCGAAAAGGUUUGGACCUUAUGGGAUUCCUAUAACCGUGUUCCCCAAAAGAGAGUAUAAGGACAAACCAGAAUCUAUGCAGCUAAAGACGGAAGCAUUCCAGUCAGAGACAGAUAAGGAUGUCACUCAAGGACCUAGUGAUGCCCCCAUUAAGGACCCUACGGAUGCUCCGGAUGCCUCUCUGAAGGACCCUGCUGAGACUCAUGCAGUGCCCCAGCCCUGUCCCAACCCUCAACCCAACCCAUGGACCUCAAAACCACCUCCUUUGUUUCAGGAGGGGGCCCCUUAUCCACCUCCACUGUUCAUCAGCGACACCUACAACCAGACGUUACCUCAGCCUCUACCACGCAAAAUCAAGCGGCCCAAGCGUAGGCUGUAUAGAGAGGAGCCCACUUCUAUAAUGAAUGCCAUCAAGCUCCGACCAAGACAAGUUCUGUGUGAUAAAUGUAAAGGGGCUGUAGUGCAAGGGGACAAGCGUGAAACACGCAGAGGCCCCAUUUCAGACUGCCGAAGUGACGAUGCCAAAAGACGGCGUAAUGACAGCGCAGCGGCAGCUGCUGGUAAGCGGUCCCGUAGUGAUCCACGUUCUGACGAGAAGGGCCGUGGUAUUGAUGGGCCCAAACGGCAGGGUUCGGCUGUACGGGUGUCGUCGGCCACCGCCUCUUCUCUGGGCCAUAGUCAGGUCAAAGGUGCAGCUGUAGGGAACAAAAUGGUGAAGGGGGUGUCUACUACAACCACGUCCUCGGCCAACUCUCGAGUGCAGCUCAAUGCCAAAAAAGUGCUUCAGAGUAAAAAUGUCGACCACUCCAAAGCACGAGAGGUGCUGAAGAUGGCCAAGGCUCAAAGAAGACAUAGAGAGACAGUCACAGGCAGUAGCGGGAAGACCAAGGCUAUAACCAGGGCUGCUGCCCUCCAGGAAGCCCACCAAAAGGUCCACUUCACCAGGCGACUGCAGCAGAUCAGUGGAGGAGGGCCAGGUUCCAACCCCCUGCCACCCAGGAUGCGCAUCAAGCCCCAAAGGUACCGUAACGAAGAGAACGAUUCUUCCUCAUGUAAGCUGCCUUGCUUGGAGAAAGUGCCGGGAGGGGGCCGUUUACCGCUGCCUAAACCAGCCCUGCCCUGCUGCACCUCCACACGCUCCUCCUCCUCCUCCUGCUCUGAAAGCCAAGUCGCCACAGCUGUAGAGCCCCACAGGCCAGAAAAAGCAAUCGAGUCCCUGCUCAGCCAGGCCCAACCCGAGCCCCUCCCAGCCCCGGAAUACAGGGAACCCCGAGCUGAGCCAGAGGAACAGGAGGGGCGGGAGGAAAAGCGGGAGACGCGUGGGAGCAAGGCUGGUAACCUAGUGGUCUACAUGACCCUUAACCCCAACCAUCCCGACUCCUCUAGUACCUCCAUGUGCAGCAUCGAUAGUGCAGAUGACUUAAAGUCAUCAAACUCUGAGUGUAGCUCUACCGAAACGUUUGACUUCCCCCCUCCUGGUGAUUUGCGUUCGGCCCCUGCCCCUGGCACAUCCUCCGCUUUUGCUUCUGCAUCUCCCUCUGCUCCUAAGGAUGACAAAAAUUUCAGUAAAUCCCUCAAAGCUGCUGUCUUUUCCAAAAACGUCACGAAGUGCGUUGCCUUGGAUGGCAGGACAAUUUGUGUAGGGGAAAUAGUUUGGGCCAAAAUCCUUGGCUUCCCUUGGUGGCCCGCCCGCAUCCUAGCCAUCACAGUGAGUCGCAAAGAUAAUGGGCUCUUAGUCAGGCAGGAGGCUCGGGUCUCUUGGUUUGGGUCACCCACCACUUCCUUCCUGGCCAUUACUCAACUUGCCCCAUUUCUAGAAAACUUCCAGUCUCGCUUUGACAAGAAGAGAAAAGGCCUGUAUCGUAAAGCCAUCACUGAGGCCGCCAAGGCUGCCAAGCAGCUCACACCCGAGGUCCGAGCCUUGUUAACUCAGUUUGAGACGUGAGGUGGUGUGUCUUCUUGGUAAGGUAGGCAAAACAGGCACUCGAGUUGGCCCUGUACCCCUUCUGACACCUCUCAAACUUUGCUGUACCCAGUCAGCUUCCAGAGUGUAAUCCAGAAAAGGCAACCAGGACUAAUUUAUUUUCGUUG